AUGGCGUCGACGCGGGACGACGACGACGACGACGACGAUGACGAUGCCGACGUCAACGGUCGAGACGUUGGUGACUUUUGUCUGCGUCGAGGGACGUGGACGGAGAAGCGGAGCGAUCGCACCCGGGCGUGGUCCAAACGAUUCGCUCGAUGGAGCGAAGAUGGGACGGAGAUCGAGUUCAGGGUCGACGCGAACGAUGCGGCGCCGUCGUCCAAGGUGCCGUUGUCCCGAGUGCGCGGGUGCGUCGCGUCGAGCUUAAACAUCGGGAAACAGUGUCCGGCGGGAUGCGGGAUAUACAUCGACGUCGAGGGGAGUAAGGAGGGGGUUUUCUUGCGAUGUGAGAGCGCUUCGAGGGCGAGCGCGUUCGUCGAGGCCGUCAGGGAGGCUCGGAUGCGGGGUAAGGGACGGCGAAGAGAUGAGACGCCGCGGACGCCGGAACGGGCGAGCGAGGCAACCGCGGCGUCCAGGGCGUCGACGAAUGGCGAAAGCAGAGCUCGGGAAACACCAAGAACGCGUGAUCUCGUGAAGGAAUUCGGCAAUCGUGCGAUGCAUGUCGGCGAAGAGGCGUCAGAUUCGCCAGCGGGAUCGAUGGACACACGCGGGCGCGUUUUGGACACGUUCGGGGCGAUGGAGAUCGCACUGCAGGCGAAAGACGAACUCCUAGCGGCGGAGGCUAUGGGGAGAUCGUCCUUAGAGGCUGCGCUGCGGUCGGAAAAAAAGUUCAGCGCGGAGUUACAAAAGAAGGUGACGUCGAUGCGAGAAAGAAUGGAGAGUCGCGAAAAGGAGCUGAAACUCGUGCGGGAAAAUUUGGAGAUGGAAAAGGCGUACGCGUCCGAGCUGAAGGAUCAACUCGAGGAAGCGCUCAUACGUUCGACCGAGAUGGAAGACACCGCGGCGGCGGCAACGAUGGAGAUCGACCGGCUCGACAGAGAAUUGGCGGACGCGCGGGCAACUCGAGAACGCAUGGAGGAGGCACUGCUGAACGAGGCAGAGUACGUACGCCAACGCGAAGUGGAGCAGUUCCAGCGUCAGCGUCACUUGGAGACGCAGUUAAAUGAAGCUAGACAAUCACUGGAUGAGCUCGAGAUCAAACAUCAAGAUGAGCUCGCGGAGGUUCGACGACGAUCCUCGCAUGCAGUCGCAGUGGCAAACACGACAGAGCAAGAGCUACUUUUGAGUCGAGACAGAUUGCUGAGUGAGCUCGCACGCAUGCGUCGUGAAGGUUAUGAGACGGUCCUCCUUAGCGGCGGUAAGGAUUCAGCGCGGAUGGGGACGACGUCGACGUCAACGACGCCGUCGCGCGCGCGCACCGUUCCCAUGCCGACAACGCCUUCGAGACUCGGGCAGAUUUCUCCGUCUCCACAACGCGCGAGGAUGAGAGAAACGCAGGUACAUCGCACCCGCGACUCUCCGAGAACUCCGCGCUCGCACGCAUUGCAUCCUGAACCGGAAGAGACGCCGAAUCGAACUCGUCGCGCGCUCUUCAAUCGAGGCGCGCAGCGGUCGCCAAGCAAACGUGUGGACGCGAGCAGAGUGAUAGAUAGACUCGAUUCUCCAGGGACGCACGGAUGUCGCGUGCAGUGA